AUGGCCAGGAUCGCUCUUAUUUCUGUUCUCAUCUUCUGGGCAGCCACACGGCAGGGAAGGGGAAAUGAAAUUACAGAAAAAGGCCUCUCUUUGCUAGGGUACCAUCUGUGCAACUAUAGCCUGACCAAAAAUGUGUUUAAAAUGGUUGCCUACCAAAAGUCCUAUGAGAAAAGCACUUCCUGUGGAGGAUGGAUACCAUGGAUGGUGUGUCCCCGGACAUACUAUAAAACGCAGUAUCAUACUGUUGAAGUCCCUGAAACCAUCACUCUUACAGAUUGCUGUGAAGGAUAUGAGCAAGUUGGACUCUACUGCUCUUUAGCACUCAAUAGAUCCAGUGUAUUUGCCUCAAGACCUGGUAUUUGUCCAAUGGAGAAUAUGGAAACAUCUGAUUAUCCUUGCAUGUUCGAUACUGAAUGUCCAGGGCUUAAAAAAUGCUGCAACUCAUCCAAAGGAACAGGCUGUGUGGAUCCAAUGCCAGAGGGAAGAACAUUCUGGUACAACGCGACAGUGCUUGUGAAAAUGGAUUUUAAUGAAUUAAUCAGAGUGGAUUCCCACCUUCUGAAUCAUUCACGCCUUUUGCACUCCAUGAUUACUGGUGCGUUACAGCCCUUGAAUGCCUCUGUGCACCAUAUCCAGAGUAACCGUGCAGAUGUAUACGCUGGGACAGUGGCCUCCCAGGUUCUCAUUGGACUGCAUCAGCCAGCUCCGCUAGCGGAGGUUUCUUCUUCCUUGAAGGACAUCGUGAAGCGUGUGUAUGAAGUGAUUGACACAGAAGUGCAAGAUGUCAAUGAAUGCUCCUAUGUUGAAUUCAACGCUUGUCCCGAGAAAAACACCUGUGUAAAUCUGGAGGGUUAUUACAGCUGCAACCCUCAGCACGAACAUGCAGAUGUCAACCCUCACCAGCUGACCCCAAGAAAGGAAGGCAUGACAGCAUCUACUCCAAGUUCAGCAUUGGAUCUCAUUAACGCUAGCAAUAGCUCUCUGUCUAUAAGUAAUUCAAGUCUCUUGUCCAUAACUAACCAAGCCACAGAUGCUGGGUGCUACUCCUCUGCGGUUAGAAACCACCGAAUCUUCAGCGUUACCAGCAACGGUUUUGAAAUGUCCUGGCAUGUCACUUCUACUCUGAACCAUACUUUCCAAGUCCAAGUGUUAAAGGGCAAAGAGAUUAUACAAAACUUGAAGACAGAGGAAAUGAAAAUGGACGUGUCUGGACUGGAAGCAGGUGUGAUGUAUUCAGUAGAGAUCAGCUAUGAAACCUGUGGAAAAACCAGCAUCUCCCAUCAAAAUGUUAAAACAGAUGCCAAGAUAUUUGGUGUUACUAUGAGGAUUCUCAACUACAACUUCACUGAUGAUUUCCAUAAUGCCAGCAGCUCAGCGUAUGAAGAAUUUUCAAGACUGUUGCUUACAGAGCUUGAAAAUUCAUUUCCAGCCAACAUUUCUGCUUUAUACAAGUCUGGGAAGCUGAAAGUGCAGACCGAAUCCCUGCAAGCCGGAAGCAUCAUUGUGAGGCUCAGAAUCACUGUGCAGGACCCCGAGUUCCCAGUCGAUGCCUCCACAUUUGCCCCGGUGCUUUCUUACCUAUACAAUGGCUCUGCGCUUUUGGUGGAUCAGCAAAACACUGCAGUAGAAGACUGGGAUGAAUGUGCUUCUCAUGCCGAGAAUGACUGCUCUGUGUUUGCAGAGUGUAUCAAUUUGAUGGGCUCGUACCUGUGCAGAUGCAAGACAGCCAUGGAUACCAAUCCAUCCCGACCUGGAAGAAACUGUGAGGGUGAGAUUUUGGACCCUCUCACAGAAACAACGGCUCCUGAAGUAACAAACAGCACAGAGUUUGUUCCCGAAGAAGGAAACCCUGCAGCCCCCGCUUCCCCUGCCACCACCAAGAUGGUGGGAGCUGUGGGCUCUGAGAUGAGCACCCCCGUAUACCUCCCUGCUGCACUGCCCCCGGGUGACAAGCCAGUGCCCCACGGUCAUUCUCCCACCAGUGCUGCUCCAGCCCCUCGGAGAAAAGGCCUGGCACCACAGAUGGGCUUCGGCAGGGACAACAGCCCCACGGCCACGGGCGUCGCAGCCAGCAAGGAACUGCCCGUGACCACAGGGCGGCGGGCGGCCGUAAGUCCAUCACAGCGAAGCUCUGUGGCAGAGGCUUCCCCCGGUGCAUCACAGCGAGCGGCUGCUCUCACAAAUGCGCCCAUGGGCACAGCUGGGCAAGAGCAGCUCAUUUUGCCGUUGCUGCUGUUUCCAAAUCAAACAGCCUUUGCUACCACUAGAAGUCACACAGCUUUUGAUGUGCCUCAAGCCAGCUCUCAAGGUGGUCCUGGUACAGCUCUGCCGGCCAGAGGGGAUGCUGGCGUUCCCACCCUCAAUGCCACUCUCAGAGCACAUGUAGAAACGGAAAGAGAGAACAGCUCUUGGUCCGAGAAAUACGCUGCAGCCCUGGGGUCACCAGCUCUGCCAGGCGCCUCUCCAGCUCCCAGCCCGAUGCCAGGCCCAGCCAUGGACCGCACUGUCCAGAAACUUAGAGGCACAGUACGGAUAACAAAUGUGAAAUACUCUCCGGGCUUUAGCAAUACAAGAAGUGAAGAAUACCAAACCUUUGCACAGCUCUUUGUUGAUGAAGUACAUAAAUCUCUGCCCCUUGAGGUUCUUCAGCAGAUGGAUGCUGGUCUGAUUAAAGUGUUGAUAACGAGUGUUACUAAUGGGAGUACAGUGGUAAGUUUCAAUUUACUGAUUGCAGAAGAUGUGGAUAUCUACUACAUCAUCACCACUUUUCGUGAUGCCUUUGAACACAGCUCCUAUUUCACAGUUGACAAGAGCAAUCUCUCCAUAAACGAUUAUGAUGAGUGCAAAAGCGAAGAAGAUGACUGCUCCCCGGAUGCAUCGUGCCAUAACACACUUGGGUUUUACCAGUGCAGCUGCAAUGAAGGAUUUGCUGAUGUGCAUCCAGAAAGGCCUGGAAGAAGCUGUGAAGCAUUUCCUAUCAGCCAAGAGGCAACACUGACGGAUAAGAAACCUGUACACAACACAGCUUUACCUGCAACAUCUUUGCAAACUUCAACUCGUGUUUCCUCCCCUGCUUCCCUGAACUUCUCUACUGCUGAGCACAAAGCUCUGGAGAAGACCACGUUCUCCAGCGUGGUGCUGCCUCCUCUCACCACGGAUCCUGUGUCAACUCCCGACGCUUAUCCUCAAGCAUCUCCUGUCCCCCUCGUUAAACCUGCCCAGGAGGUUUCCAUUAAAGAUGCUGUGAGAGUGUUCUGUGAAAUCGAGAAGAUUGUCCUUGCUGUCCAGAAGAGAUUUUUACAGCAGGAGUCUAUCCCGGAAACCUCCCUGUACCUGGGGGAGCCUCGCUGCAACGUGAGCAUCAGCAAUGGCACUCACGUUGUGCUGCAGGCAGGCUGGAGCGACUGUGGCACUGAAGUUGAGACUAACAUGACUAAUACUGUAGUGAAAACCAUCCUUCGGAAUGAUGUUUCUGCUCAGGGAGUAAUCCACCAUUUAAAAGUUGCCAGUCCCGUUCAUUGUGUGUUUCAAAACAAUCUCUUGACUUCCUCUGGAUACACUGCAGAAGGAGUUUACACCAUCUUUGAGGAUUUGCAUGGAUCUGGACACUUCAGAACAGAAAUGCAGUUGUUUAUUGGCAACUCCCCAGUACCAAAAAAUUUCAGUGUCUCUGCCAGUGAUGAUGUUCUGAUUGAAGUGGGGAUCCAGAGAGCAGACAGCAAGCUCAAGGUGGUCCUCACUGACUGCUGGGCGACUCCAACUAACAAUUCAGUGGAUCCCCGCUCAUUUCCUUUUAUCAGCAACAGCUGUCCCAUCCCAAAUACGUACACCACACUGCUAGAGAAUGGGAAUUCAAGCAAAGCACAGUUUAAGAUGAAAAUUUUUUCCUUUGUCAACAAUUCUGUGGUUUACCUACACUGCAAAAUACGUAUUUGUAUGGAGACACCAGGAAGUACCUGCAGGACGAGAUGCCAUGCGGUUCGAUCCCUGAAGACUGGUGAAACCAUUGCUACGUACAGAACAUCCUGGGGACCCCUAUGUAAAUUGGCUGCAUCUGAUUUGAAGAGAGAGAAGGAGGCUGGGAUGGGAGCUGGAUACAUCAUCCUCAUUGCCUUUGCUGUGUUUGGUUUUGUGCUGGGAGUUGUGAGCCUUUUCAUUUUCCAGUACCAGCGAAAGAUGGGAAGAUACAACUUCAGAAUCAAGUCUGACAACUUCAGCUACCAAGUGUUCUACGAUUAG